CUAUGUGAUUUGGGACAACAAUGUGGAAGGUCUGGCGCACCUGAUGAUGGGCGACCAAGGUAAAAGUAAAGGAAAAGAAGAAUAUAUUGCCACUUUCAAGGGAUCUGAAUACUUCUGCUACGACUUGUCUCAAAACCCCAUUCAAAGCAGCAGCGAUGAAAUAACUCUGUCCUUUAAAACCCUUCAAAGGAAUGGACUGAUGCUUCACACUGGGAAAUCCGCUGAUUAUGUCAAUCUUGCCCUGAAAAAUGGAGCUGUCUCUCUGGUCAUUAAUUUGGGAUCAGGGGCCUUUGAAGCGCUAGUGGAGCCCGUGAACGGAAAGUUUAAUGAUAAUGCCUGGCAUGAUGUGAAAGUCACCAGGAAUCUGCGUCAGCACUCAGGCAUUGGACACGCUAUGGUAAACAAACUACAUUGUUCGGUGACAAUCUCAGUGGAUGGGAUUCUUACCACAACGGGCUACACGCAAGAAGAUUACACCAUGCUGGGUUCUGAUGACUUUUUCUAUGUCGGAGGCAGUCCCAGCACAGCAGACCUCCCAGGGUCUCCAGUCAGUAACAACUUUAUGGGCUGUCUCAAAGAGGUUGUAUAUAAAAAUAAUGAUGUAAGGCUGGAAUUAUCUCGACUUGCCAAGCAAGGAGACCCUAAGAUGAAGAUCCAUGGAGUAGUGGCAUUUAAAUGUGAGAAUGUUGCAACUUUGGACCCAAUCACCUUUGAAACCCCGGAGUCUUUCAUCUCUUUGCCUAAAUGGAAUGCAAAGAAAACAGGCUCCAUAUCAUUUGAUUUCCGCACAACAGAGCCAAAUGGCCUCAUCUUAUUUAGCCAUGGCAAGCCACGACACCAAAAAGAUGCCAAGCACCCACAGAUGAUCAAGGUUGACUUCUUUGCUAUUGAGAUGCUGGAUGGCCACCUCUACCUCCUCCUAGACAUGGGGUCAGGUACAAUAAAAAUCAAAGCCCUGCAGAAGAAGGUGAAUGAUGGAGAAUGGUAUCAUGUGGACUUCCAGAGAGACGGACGGUCAGGUACCAUUUCUGUCAACACUCUGCGCACACCCUACACUGCCCCCGGGGAGAGUGAGAUUCUGGACCUGGACGAUGAGUUGUACCUGGGGGGCCUCCCAGAAAAUAAAGCCGGCCUCGUCUUCCCCACGGAGGUGUGGACUGCUCUGCUCAACUAUGGCUACGUGGGCUGCAUCAGGGAUCUGUUCAUCGACGGCCAGAGCAAAGACAUCCGGCAAAUGGCUGAAGUGCAAAGCACCGCUGGAGUGAAGCCCUCCUGCUCCAGGGAAACAGCAAAACCGUGCCUUAGCAACCCUUGCAAAAACAACGGCAUGUGCCGGGAUGGGUGGAACCGAUACGUCUGUGAUUGUUCCGGAACAGGCUACCUGGGCAGGUCCUGCGAGAGAGAGGCAACGGUUCUGAGCUACGAUGGGAGUAUGUUUAUGAAGAUCCAGCUCCCUGUGGUCAUGCACACAGAGGCUGAGGACGUGUCCUUACGGUUUCGAUCCCAGCGUGCAUAUGGCAUUCUCAUGGCAACCACCUCCAGGGACUCGGCAGACACCCUCCGCUUGGAGCUGGACGCAGGGCGUGUGAAACUGACGGUCAACCUAGAUUGUAUCAGGAUUAACUGUAAUUCCAGCAAAGGUCCCGAAACCCUUUUUGCUGGCUAUAACCUCAAUGAUAAUGAAUGGCACACAGUGCGUGUGGUUCGUCGAGGAAAAAGUUUAAAGUUAACGGUGGAUGACCAACAGGCCAUGACAGGUCAAAUGGCGGGUGAUCAUACCAGACUAGAGUUUCAUAACAUAGAGACUGGCAUCAUCACUGAACGGCGGUAUCUGUCUUCUGUCCCCUCCAACUUCAUUGGACACCUUCAGAGCCUGACAUUUAAUGGAAUGGCAUACAUUGACUUGUGUAAAAAUGGUGACAUAGAUUACUGUGAGCUCAAUGCCAGGUUUGGCUUCCGGAAUAUCAUAGCAGACCCUGUUACCUUCAAGACCAAAUCAAGCUAUGUUGCCUUAGCUACAUUGCAAGCCUACACUUCUAUGCAUCUUUUUUUCCAGUUCAAGACAACAUCCCUAGAUGGACUAAUUCUAUAUAACAGUGGGGAUGGAAAUGACUUCAUUGUGGUUGAAUUAGUUAAAGGGUACUUACAUUACGUGUUUGACUUGGGAAAUGGUGCUAACCUCAUCAAAGGGAGUUCAAAUAAACCUCUCAAUGACAAUCAGUGGCACAACGUGAUGAUAUCAAGGGACACCAGCAAUCUCCACACUGUAAAGAUUGACACGAAAAUCACAACGCAGAUCACCGCCGGAGCCAGGAACUUGGACCUCAAGAGUGACUUGUAUAUAGGAGGAGUGGCGAAAGAAACAUACAAGUCCUUGCCGAAACUUGUCCAUGCCAAGGAGGGCUUUCAAGGCUGCCUGGCAUCAGUCGAUCUAAAUGGACGGCUUCCAGACCUCAUCUCAGAUGCCCUUUUCUGCAAUGGACAGAUCGAGAGAGGAUGCGAAGGGCCCAGCACAACCUGCCAAGAGGACUCAUGUUCCAAUCAAGGCGUGUGCCUGCAGCAGUGGGAUGGCUUCAGCUGUGACUGCAGCAUGACUUCCUUCAGUGGCCCGCUCUGCAAUGACCCUGGGACAACGUAUAUCUUUAGCAAAGGUGGUGGACAAAUCACAUAUAAGUGGCCUCCUAAUGAUCGGCCAAGUACACGAGCAGACAGACUGGCCAUAGGGUUUAGCACUGUUCAGAAAGAAGCUGUAUUGGUGCGUGUGGACAGUUCUUCUGGCCUGGGGGACUACCUAGAGCUGCAUAUACACCAAGGAAAAAUUGGAGUUAAAUUUAAUGUUGGGACAGAUGACAUCGCCAUUGAAGAGUCCAAUGCAAUCAUUAACGAUGGGAAAUACCACGUAGUGCGUUUCACGAGGAGUGGUGGCAAUGCCACCUUACAGGUGGACAGCUGGCCAGUGAUCGAGCGCUACCCUGCAGGAAACAAUGAUAACGAGCGCCUGGCGAUUGCUAGACAGCGAAUUCCAUAUCGACUUGGUCGAGUAGUUGAUGAAUGGCUACUCGACAAAGGGCGUCAGCUCACAAUCUUCAAUAGCCAAGCAACCAUAAUAAUUGGCGGGAAAGAGCAGGGCCAGCCCUUCCAGGGCCAGCUCUCUGGGCUUUACUACAAUGGCUUGAAAGUUCUGAAUAUGGCAGCUGAAAAUGAUGCCAACAUCGCCAUAGUGGGAAAUGUGAGACUGGUUGGUGAAGUGCCUUCCUCUAUGACAACUGAGUCGACAGCCACUGCCAUGCAGUCAGAGAUGUCCACGUCCAUUAUGGAGACCACCACCACCCUGGCCACUAGCACAGCCAGAAGAGGAAAGCCCCCUACGAAAGAGCCCAUCAGCCAGACCACAGAUGACAUCCUUGUGGCCUCAGCAGAGUGUCCCAGCGAUGACGAGGACAUUGACCCCUGUGAGCCGAGCUCAGCCAACCCAACCCGGGCAGGGGGCAGAGAGCCAUACCCAGGCUCCGCAGAAGUGAUCCGGGAGUCCAGCAGCACCACGGGCAUGGUGGUAGGCAUAGUAGCCGCUGCCGCCCUGUGCAUCCUCAUCCUCCUCUAUGCCAUGUACAAGUACAGAAACCGGGAUGAAGGCUCAUACCACGUGGACGAAAGUCGAAACUACAUCAGUAACUCAGCACAGUCCAACGGGGCUGUCGUAAAGGAGAAACAACCCAGCAGUGCGAAGAGCGCCAACAAAAAUAAGAAGAACAAGGAUAAAGAGUAUUACGUCUGAUUCCAAGAUCUUAAAAGGACCCUUGUAUAGAAAUAGUCUUCAUUUUAUCUGAGACAUAAUAUAAACUUAUUUACUUUCCUUUUUAUGAAGCACAUACAAAAGAAGACAGGGAAUGCAAUCAGGAAGGAAAGACUGUUUUUAAAAAAUAAAAAAAAAUCAAGUAUCUCAUGCUCUUGUUUCUCCAAAAAAAGAAAAAUAAAAAAUUAAAAAACAGGGGCCAAUAAAUUCCCUAACAUCCACAGUGUUUUCAUUUACUCUGCCUGUCUUUAUGUUGCUGGAACAUUUCUAAAAGACAGUGAUGACCGCACGCAUUCAUAAAGCAAAGGAGUAUUACAACAUCGAGGCACAACACAAAACACAACACACACAAAAGAAGCUACCUAUGAUCCUGGAUUUAGCCAAAGUGCUAGCGCUUUCCCGAGAAGUCAGAUAGUCCUGUUGCCAGAGAAGACUGUGGCAUUUUGAGUGACUCGACCUGCAAAUCCUUAAGAAUUUGCUACCUGGCGCAAAUGGAGCAGUGGUUGGAAUUUACAUUUGAAGCAAAGUGCUGGCUUUUUUGAAGACUUGUGUAGGAACACAUUCAAAAAGCCCCUUUAUGAUUGUGAGAGAAAAAAAAAAAGUAUGGAGGCCUUAUUUUCAACAUUGUGAAAUAUAAGGCACAUUAUCACACUAAAAUUUCAGAACAAAAACAAGAGGGCAUAGAUGCAAUCAUUGGGAAAUUUUCAUGCACGCUUAAUAUGUUACUACAUAUGUUUAUAUAAAAUCCAUCUCUGUGUGCUUUCUGGACUGUGGUUAAGUGACGUUUUAUAGCCUGUUGUAUAGAAAAUGCAAAAUAUAUCUCUGCUCUUCAGCCAUUUUUGGUAAAUUAAAUGUUAUAAGUGUUGCUAAUUAUAGGGAGUUUUAUGACAUUGGAGCAACAAUUAUUUCAGGGUUGUUUUUGAUUUUUUAGGCCAUCAUUAUAAAUUGCCACAAUUACUUACUUUUUAAAAUAAAGUUACAAUGUAGUGUUUAUUCUAAGAAAGAUAUGUAUGAAUGUAUAUAAAAAAUUCAGCUACAUUUUUUCUUACAUGUACAGCCUUCAUUCUGUUGCAGUUAAGUUUUAGUAUUUGUAUGAAAGGUGUGAAUUAGAAGGUAAAAGCUAUACAUAUGUAUCUUCUAACCUUUUUUCUUCCCAAAAUACAUUUCCACAUACAUUCACUAUUCACAAUCAAAGAUGUACACACACAUACACACACGAAUUCAGAGUAAUCCAUCAGAUAUAAUGAAAGACCCAAACAUACAGAUACUAACAAAUAUUUACUGACAAAAUGAAAAGCAGGAAGGAAGAUAGUUGUGCCAAGGUAUUGAUGACAAGUGGGGUGAUUUGCUUCGUUGAGAUCAUGGUCCCAAGAAACCCCAAGAAGAUAUUUCCCUAGUGAAAUGGAACCUUUUCUUAUCAAAAUGAAAACCAAUGAUAUCUUGAUGCAUGGAUAUAAACCAUUAGGUGGGGAGGUUAUGAAAGCAAAAUUGGUUGAUAUACACUUUAAUCUGAUUGCUGCAAUUGAAAACUUUAUAUUUUUUUUCUCUGAACCUAAUGUGCAUGAUAAAGAUUUUGGAAAGUAAACACUUUCUCAACUAAAAGUAUUUUCAGGAAUUUUUGAUUCCCUAUUUGUUGAUUAUUGACCAUAUUUUAACUUUUGUGGUUUUACAUAUAUAUCAUUAAAUAGUUUUAAUUUAACACAUUAAAUGGUAGGAAAAGUAUAGGUUAUACACUUGUUUUGCAUAUUGUUUCUAUGAUGUUCAUAGCAAUAAAUUACCAAUAUGAGAAGGUAAUGCAAAAGAAGUGCAUUAUUAGAUUGGAAGGUGAUGCCUCAGUAUAAAUUGAUUGCAUUACUUUAACAUCUCCAAAAAUGAUAUUAGAUUUCAAGGAAGAGAAGAAAACCGUUACAAUUAGCUUUAAUCAGCAAAGGCAAAAAAAUGCAAAACAUCUUUUAUAAUACGUUAGUUGAUGAAUAUAAAAAGCCAAGAAGUGGCCUGGAUUUCAGACAUACAGCACCUUAGAAACAUAGCAAAUCACCAAUAUCUAUGGUUGCCAAGUAAUUGUUGUAAAUGAAAAGUUAUAAAGGCUUUUCAUGACCCAGAAAGUAGAGGUAUAAAACUAAAAUUUAAUAUCCAUUACUUGUGUUUCAGAUUUUUUUUUUCAUUUGCUAGGUUAAAAAUGUUCAUGUUUUGUGUUUUCCCCCCCUCUCAUUCAGUCUUACUCAGGGAAAGCCAGUGAAAUAAGAGGGUAAAUAUAAAACCACUAAUUUACAUUUGAGGUUAUAAAAAGAAAUGGUUGCUUUUCCAUUUGAUCUAUGGAACUUGACCUAGUUUCCACCUGGAAAGAUUGAACUAUGAUAGAAAAUCAAUAAUGGUAUUUUUAAGCAGUAUAUCUAUGAAGUAGUGUUGUUGUGGAAUGAUUCCAAUGUUUCUUUCCAACAUAAAUUUUACAAUUUCAUGCAGUGAUGUAAUCUUAUAUUGUCAGUAAAAAUAUUACUAAUGCUAUUGGCCUACACAAAAUCUAGCAUUUUUUUCCUUCUUUAUUUUAAAGUGGAGAAAGACAGGAACAUGAGCUAGGGAGAGAAAAAGACAUAAGUAAAAUCUUCACAGCAAAAGUAUCAGGGUUCCAUACACAGUUUGCAAACAAUAGAGGAUUUCACACUACCUGGCAUAAAUUUGAUUACAUCUCUAGACUAACUUUUCUGAUUGAAUCUGCUUCUUUUUUAUCCAUGUAAUGUGUUGCCUUUUUUUAAAAAAACAACAAAUAUUAUAAUAAUGUGUGAUGUGGUCAAAGGCCACAUGACCCACCCCUUCUAGUGCUCUGUGUGACUGGGUAUCUAAGGGUUUUGUUUGUUUUGUUUUUUUGUUGCAAGGCCAAUUUAUCCAUUAUUGGAAAUGCUAAGCAAGUGGAAUUUACUGUUUUGUUAAUAAAAUAUUUCUUAAUACAA